UGCGGACGUUGUUCCCUUAUUCAAGAAAGGGAAUAGAGAUAGCUCAGGAUAUUAUAGACCAGUGAGUCUUACAUCAGUGGUUGGUCUGGAUGAUGAAUCAGUUUACAUGGACGUGGAGAGAGACUUGGACAACAGUCAGGCACGGGCUGUUAGAAGAUAAGUAACAUUCAAGCCACAGAAGCACCAGGCAAAGACCACCUCCAACAAGUCUAAUCGCCUACUACUGGCAUUCAAUGGUAUUACCACCACCACGUCAGUCUCUGUGCAGUUUUGGUCGUCCUGUUCCAGAAAGACAUCAUCAAACUGGAGAGAGUGCAGAGGAAAUUAAUGAUGCUGCCAGGACUCAAGGGUCUGAGUUAUAGGGAGAGGUUGGGCAGGCUGGGACUUUAUUGUGUAGAAGAUUGAGGUGACCUUGUAGAGGUGUAUACAAUCAUGAGGGAUGUAGAGAGCGUGGACGCACACAGCCUUUUCCCAGGGAAGGGGAACUCAACACAGAUCCUACAUUAAUUCCCAUUUUAUUCUCUAUCCCCAUGAAAUCCCCCCCCCCCCCAGAUUCUACCAGUCACCCAGCUUCUGGCAACUGCCCCCCCUCUGUCCCUUUUCUCUUUUCUCUCUGCUCCUGGACCAACCGGCCCCCAUCACCCGAUCUCUUUCCCCUCCACCCUCUCCAUUUGCCCAUCACACACACACUCCUCCCACUGCCUCCCCUCCCCACCUCCCUCCCUUAUUUGGGUCCAUGCUGCACCUUCCUCUCCUGUCAUCGGCCUGCAUAUAUGGUCUGUGUACAUUAGUCAGUAUACGUUGGCCUGUUUUCAUCGGUUGGUACAUAUUGGCUUGAAUGCACUGGCCUGCUUAUAUGGGCUGUGUCCACUGGUCAGUAUACAUUGGCCAAUCUACUUUAGCCUUUCUAUGUCAACCUGUCUGUCUCAGCCUUUCGACGCUGGACUGUUUGCCUCAGUCUGUUUAUAUCAGUUUCUCCAUACUGGCCUGUCUAUCUCGAUCUGUCGAUAUCAGCCUCUCUUCUCCACGCUGCCGACACUAGCUUGUACAUUAACCUGUCUAUAUCUGACUGUCAAAUAGAGCCUUUAUUGACUACCUUGUCAAUUUUGGCCUCUGUUUAUCAGCCCGUCAAUAUCAGACGUUCUAUAUCGGCUGGUCGGUAACAUCCUGUCAAUGUGGCUCUGUCUACAUCAGCCUGUCGUUCUUGGCCGUUCCACAUUGACCUGACUACAUCCACCUGUUCCCAUUGACCGCCUUAUAUCUGCCUGUAAUAGGCAUUCUAACUCAGUCUGUCUGCUCAUUAUCAAGUUCUCUAUAUCUGACUGUGUACAUCAGACUUCAUUUAUCACUACAUCUCCUUUCCCCUGUCCAUAUCUGUAUCAGCCCAUCCGUACCAGGCCCUCUAUAGCGAUCUGCUUGUGCCAGGCUGUCAAUAUCUGCCUGCCUCCAGAGGCCUAUUUCUCUCAGCCUGUUUAUAUCACGCUAUCUGUAUCAUCAGCUUGUCAACACAGACCUGAAUAAAGCAGACAGUCAAUCUCGGUGUUUCAGUGUUGGACAGUCGACAUCAGCCUGUUUAUAUGACCCUGUCUAUAUCCCACCUCCAAUCUUUUCCAGCCGGUCUACAUUACGCCACUGAUAUCAACCUGACUACAUGUGCCUUUUCAUGCAGUCAGUAUUGACCUGCCUGCAUCUGCCCAUCUCCAGGAUGCGCUUUAAAAUGUCUGCCCCUUCUGCACCUUUCAUACGUGGGUGGCACAGUGGUGCUGCUGGUAGCGCCUCUGCCUCGAAGUGCCAGAGACCCAGGUUCAGUCCUGCCCUCGGGGGUUGUCUGUGUGGAGUUUGCACGUUCUCCCUGUAACCGGGUGCUCCAGUUCCCUCCCACCGUGGAGGCUGGUCAGUCAAUUGGCCUCUGUAAAUUGUCCCCAGUGUGUAUGUGGGGUGUUUGGAGGAGGGGGUGAAAAUUUGGGAGUAGGUUUAGUAAUUUCAGAUGUACCGAGAUACAGCGAAAAGCUUUUGUUUGCUUGCCAUCCAGACAGAUCUAGCUGGUACAUCGAGCUGAUGCAAAAUGAAACAAAAACUGAAUUCAGAAUCUAGUGUUACAGAUACAGAGAAAAUGCAGUGCAGGUAGAGAAAGACAAAUAGUUGGAAAGAUUGUAAAAGCAGAUACAAUGUGCAAUAAUCCACAUUAAAAUAGUGUUAAGAUUUUUUUGGUACUUUCAUUAUUGAAAAUAUUACUUCCAUCAUCAUUCUGUUCACUGUUUCUCGGAAAGUCUCUUUGUGUAGAAGAAUGAAACUGAUGAAUGAAACAGAAAGGUAGUUUGCAGAACUGCGUCCCAGUCUGCUGCAGAGUGGGAAACCACUGCAGCCCUUGCACAAUUCUGGGACAUCCUUUCCCUGCAUAUAUGCCCACUUGCAUCGGUGUCAACUCCAGGAUCUGCUGAAAGCGUCUCGGCACAUCAGAGCUCCCAGCACCGGGCUUCUAGUCAGCCCUAUGAGGUUCCAAGUCCGACCGACGUGCUGAGAGGGCUGGAGGGGACUGCCAGCAAGACCAUCCAUACAACUGACAAGCUGCAAUCCCCUGUCAGCUGCAGACGGAGGCUUCAUCUACCAGUCACUGAGUUUCCUGCGUCUCCAGCUCCUGGUGCAGUGAUGAAUGAGGUCAGGCAACUGGCCACUCUGGGCCGUCCGUUCCAGUUGGGAAUGCUGUACGACUGCCGGUCAGACACCCUGAUCCCAGGUGUCACCUUGUGGGACUUACAGACACUGCAAAGCAACCUCAAUUGUUGUGCUCAGCCCAGCACUGAGUUUCAUAUCAUUGCAUCAGACUCCAUGGAGAAGAAAGCCGCUGCACUCAAUGUGUCGGGAUCACUGAAAGCCAGUCUCCUGUGUGGGUUAGUGGAGGUGAAAGGAUCUGCAAAAUAUCUAAAUGACUCAAAGCAAUCAAAGAGACAGGCACGUGUUACCCUUCAGUACAAAACAACAACCAGGUUUGAACAACUGACGAUGAGCCACUUAGGGAGACAGAAUAUUGCCUACCCGAGUGUGUUUGACGAAGGGUCAGCAACCCAUGUCGUUACAGCAGUGCUGUAUGGGGCCCAGGCUUUCUUUGUCUUUGAUCAAAUGGUUUCUUCAGCAGAGAAGAUGCAGGAUAUUCAGGGUAAUAUGGAGGCGACAAUUAAAUGUCUUCCAAUGAUUGCAGUUCAGGGUGAUGCAGCCCUAACAAUGACAGAGGAACAGAAGUGUCAUUCGGAGAAAUUUAGCUGCACCUUUUAUGGGGAUUUCUCACUGAAAAUCAACCCCACCACAUUUCAGGGUGCCAUCGGUAUCUAUGCAAGCCUCCCAAGCUUACUUGGAUCAGGUGGGGAGAAUUCAGUGCCCGUGAGAGUCUGGCUCUACCCUCUCCAUAAACUAGACUCAAAAGCUAUUCAGCUGGUGAGGGAGAUAAGCGUGGGAUUGGUCAAUCAGUGCCAGCAGGCCUUGGAACAGUUGAAUGAGACAGUGCAGAGAUGCAAUGAUAUGAUGAAUGACAGCGUCACCAUUCAGUUUCCUGAGAUCAGGGACAGGAUACAGCAAUUCCGAGAGAUGUGUCUGGAAUACAAACUGGUUUUCCAGAGGACUUUAGCCAGAGUUUUGCCGUCCAUCCGGGGAGGUGGGAAGGAGGAAUUAUUACUGGUGGAUAUACUGCAGAACAAGGGACAGUCACCAUUCAAACACCAGUCAUUGAUCACAUGGCUGGAUGACAAGGAAUGUGAAGUGAUGCUGGUGAGGCUUUACCUCAAGAUGUUGGAUGAUAUUCCUAUUGCAAUCGAUUACCUCCGAUCUCACACAGCUCAGAAAAUGCAGACACCAACUCCUGCUAACGAAGCCUGUGCAUCACAACACGACGAGCAGUGGUUUAAUUCACCGUCUACAAACGAGAAAAUGAAGGACCAAUGUCAGUCAUUCCUGGAUUUUGCCACUGCCAACAAAGCAAAUGGGAAAAUAAAAUUCCUUGUUGCUUCUGUGAAGGACGACAGCAACCGAGGAGCAUCUAUUUACCUCUAUGAAGGAGGGUCUUUGAAGAACCGGUGCUUUGAACCCCCGUCACAGCCCCAGAGACCUACAACUAUUGGAACCACUCAUGACAGUGUGACUCUGCAGUUACAGCCACCCAGACAUGGUGCUGGUGAGAUUGUGGGUUACACGGUAGAGUACAGAGGGCGGUGGCAGGAGGAAUGGUCAACUCCACAUACACCGGAUAAAUCCCACUCCAUCACAAUACCUGGGUUACAGCUACACCAGGAGUAUCAUUUCCGAUACAGAGCAGUGACCAAGGUAGGGGUCAGCAAGGUGAGUGAUAGCUGCAGGGCCAUGACACGUCCGACAAGCCCACCUGGGAAACCGGUCUUCCAGGAUUUUUCAUCCAGCGCAACACUCUCCUGGAACCGUCCAAGCCAGAUUGGAGCUAAUGUCAAAAUAGUUCAGUACAGGAUUGAGUAUAGAGAAGAAACAGCAGUUGGGUCCAACACGGAGGGCGGACUGUGGGAGGAAGUAAAGACAACCGACAGCCAAUGUCACUAUCAUUUCAAGGGUCUGAAACCUAAUACAGUCUACAGAGUCCGAGUGUCUGCUGACUGUGGAGAAGCAGGUUCCAGUGCACCAAGUGAAGCAGUUUCAGCAAAGAUAGGAAAUGAAGCACCCGGAAUAGCCCAGAAACUUCACAGAGAAGCCAAAUUAAUAUCCAAAGGACACCCUUCCAUUUACAAGCUGAACCUGCAGAAGGAGGUAUUUGAUCGAUCCAGACACCUUGAGAAAUGUUCCUUUGGAAAAUGCAACAGAAAAGGCAAUAUAAUAGGUAACAUAAAAUGCUCAAUGAAGACCAUUAUGGUUCUGGGAGCAACAGGGUCAGGGAAAACGGCCCUCAUCAAUGGGAUGAUCAACUACAUCUUGGGCGUGGAAUGGACGGACGACUUCAGAUACACGUUAAUACGCGAAGAGACAGGAAAAUCCCAGGCUGAAAGUCAGACAUCCUCCAUCACUGCCUACCAGCUCCACCAUCAGAAAGGAUUUAAAAUCGAUUACUCUCUGACUAUCAUUGAUACGCCUGGAUUCGGAGAUACCAGGGGGAUGAGCCGAGAUCAACAGAUCACUGACCACAUCCGUGAGUUUUUCACCUCACCACAGGGUGUUGAUCAGAUCGAUGCCGUGUGUUUUGUUGUUCAAGCCGCUUUGGCUCGCCUGACCCACACACAGAAAUAUAUCUUUGAUUCAAUUCUUUCUAUUUUUGGCAAAGAUAUUGCAGAGAGCAUUCAUGUACUGGUGACAUUCGCAGAUGGACAGCGUCCUCCCGUUCUAGAGGCUUUGAAAGUAGCUGAGAUACCGUGUCCCAAAGAUAAAAACGGUAUGCCAGUAUACUUCAAGUUUAAUAAUUCUGCCACAUAUGCUCAGCGUCCAGACUCUGGAAACUCUGCAAACAUGGGAAGUGUCGAUAACAGCGGGAACACAGAAGAGGAUGAUGAUAACUUUGAUGAGAUGUUCUGGAAGAUGGGAGCAAACAGUAUGAAGAAAUUCUUUCGGGCUCUGAACACAAUGAAAGCAAUAAGCUUACGUUUGACCAGAGAGGUUCUGAAGGAACGUCAGCAGCUGGAGGCUGCAGUGGAGGGACUGCAAAUAAAGAUCCAAGUCGGUCUGACCAAAUUGGAGGAACUCAGGAAAACGCAGCAGGUUAUGAACCAACACCAGAUCGAACUGGAUGCAAAUAAAGACUUUGAGUAUGAGGUUGAAAUUACAGUUGCAGUACAGGAGGAUAUCAGUGGGACUGGGAAUUACAUAACCAACUGUCAGAAAUGUCAAUUCACCUGCCACUAUCCCUGUCAAAUUCCUAAUGAUGAUGAAAAAAGAGGAUGUGCAGCAAUGGACAGGGAUGGGAACUGUAAAGUCUGUCCCCAGAAAUGUGUCUGGAGUGUUCACUUCAACCAGAAGUACAGGUUUGUGUAUAAAACAAAGAAAGAGAAGAGAACAUACAAAGAGCUGAAAGAAAAGUACGAGAAGGCCUGUGGCGAGAAGAUGACAGCACAGAAAGUCAUCGAGACACUUCAGAUUGAGUUAACUGAGGUUCGGAAUGCAGUGCUGGAGCUGAUACAACAAUUAUCACAGAGCAUUGGAAGACUUGAGGAAAUAGCUCUGAGACCAAACCCGUUAUCCACCCCAGCUUACAUCGACCUCCUGAUUCAGUCUGAGAAAGAAGAGGCAAAGUCUGGGUUCAUGGAGCGAAUUCAGGCACUGGGGGAGGUCAAGAAACAGGCCAUUUUAAUAGAGCAAGUUGCCAACGGAGAGCUGUCAAUAGACGAGUUGAAGCAAAAUACAAAGGGAUCUCAUGAAGGAACUGUAAAAUGGAUUAAGAAGAAGUUUGCGGAUGUGCUUAAUUAG